CGGAAGGCUGUUUCUUGUUGGCCAGCGGAUCGCUCCCACGCCGCCGUCGAGUUCCGAUCCGACCCCGCGGCCGGGAAAAAGGGAGGGAGAGAAUCUCCGAGAAGCAUCGGAGACCGAGUGCUCGCGUUUCCUUCGAGGAAGUAGGGAGGAGGGCAUAGCUGAAGCCAAGGACAUCAAACAAACGAAGAAAGGGGAAGCAAAGAAAACUCUCUCUCUCUCUCUUUUAUUCAUUCCAGUCAUAAUUCCCGAACAACAAUGAUAACGAAACAAGGCAUUAUCACCAUGGCUUCUUCUUCUUCCCCUUCUUUGUUCAACUUUCUCACGUGCGAGCCCUCGUCCUCCAUCCACCAGCCUCAAUCUCUUCUCCAAUGGCUCCGCUUCAUUUUCUUCUCCCCGUGCCCGCAGCGACUUCUUUUCUCCGCCGUCGACGCCUUCUUCCUCCUCCUCCUCCUCGCCUUCGCCCUCCGCAAGCUCUGCUCCCGCUUCCUCCACCGCCGCCGAGGCGGCGGAGAACCGGACUCCGACGCGCAUAAGCCUCUUCUGGCCCAGUCCCGCGUCGUUAUCCGGACUGACCUCCGGUUCAAGCUCGCUCUCGCCAUCUCCUCCCUGCUCGCCGCCUCCUACGCCGUCCUCCUCGUCCUCGCCCUCACCCGCCUCCCCCGAUCCCAGUGGCAGCUCGCCGAGGCCGCCUUCCUCCUCCUCCAGUUCCUCUCCCACAUCGCCGCCUCCGCCCUCAUCGCCCAUGAGAAGCGCUUCCAGGCCGUUACCCACCCGGCCACCCUCCGGAUCUACUGGAUCGCCGCCUUCGUCCUCACCGCCCUCCUAUCUGCCUCCGCCCUCAACCGCUUCGCCGCCGCCGUCCCGAUUUUCCCCGAUGACGUCCUCUCCCUCAUCGCCCUCGCCGUCUCGCUCCCCCUCCUCUUCCUCGGCGUCUCCGGCUCCACCGGCGUCUCCGUCGACCACCUCCCCCCGGCCGACGGACCCCCGGCCCGGUCCGACUCCAACCUCAACGACCGGAAACUACCCAACGUCACCCCCUACGCCACCGCCUCGAUCCUCUCCCGCGCCACGUGGAGCUGGAUGAACCCUCUGAUCUCGAAGGGGUACCGAUCGGCGCUGAAUCUGGACGACGUGCCGUCCCUGGCGCCGGACCACCGGGCGGAGCGGAUGUACGAGCUGUUCCAAUCCAAGUGGCCCCGGCCGGCGGUCCGAUCGGCCCACCCGGUCCGGACCACCCUGCUCCGCUGCUUCUGGCCCUACCUACUGUUCACCGGCGCCCUCUCCGUCCUCCGCCUCAUCGUCAUGUACAUCGGCCCCACCCUCGUCAACCGAUUCGUGGACUACACCUCCGGCCCCCGGUCCUCCGUCGCCGAGGGGUACUACCUCUGCGCCACCCUACUGGCCGCCAAGUUCGUGGAGGUCCUGGCCUCCCACCAGUACAACUUCCAGUCCGCCAAGCUGGGCAUGCUCCUCCGCUCCACCCUCAUCACCGCCCUCUACAACAAGGGCCUCCGCCUCUCCUGCUCCGCCCGCCAGUCCCACGGCCUCGGCAUGAUCGUCAACUACAUGGCCGUCGACGCCCAGCAGCUCGCCGACAUGAUGCCCCAGAUCCACUACAUCUGGCUUAUGCCCCUCCAGGUGGGCACCGCCCUUGGCCUCCUCUACAUCUACCUCGGCCCCUCCGUCACCUCCGCCGUCGUCGGCAUCGCGGGCGUCAUCCUCUUCGUCGUCCUCGGCACCCGCCGCAACAACCGCUACCAGUUCUCCCUGAUGGGCAUGCGCGACAAGCGCAUGAAGGCCACCAACGAGAUGCUCAACUACAUGCGGGUCAUCAAGUUCCAGGCCUGGGAGCGGCAUUUCGAGCGGCGAAUCAAGCAAUUCCGGGAAGGGGAGUUCGGCUGGCUGGCCAAGUUCAUGUACUCCAUCUCUGGCAACAUCAUCGUGCUGUGGAGCGCGCCGGUGCUUAUCGGGGCGCUCGUGUUCGGCACGUGCGUGGCCGUCGGGGUGCCUCUGGACGCCGGCCUGGUCUUCACCGCCACAUCCUUCUUUAGGAUCCUCCAGGAGCCGAUGCGGAACUUCCCGCAGGCCCUCAUCUCGGCCUCGCAGGCGAUCGUCUCGCUGGAGCGCCUCGACGCGUACAUGACCAGCGGCGAGCUGGAGGAGGGCGCGGUCCAGCGCCUGGACGGCGGUGAUGUCGCCAUCGAGGUCAGAAAUGGGGCGUUCGCUUGGGACGACGAGGCGGAGGAGGCCGACGCCGCGCUGAAGGGGAUCGACGUCCGGAUCCGCCGCGGCGCCCUCGCGGCCGUGGUGGGAACCGUCGGAUCUGGGAAAUCGUCUUUCCUUUCCUGCCUUCUCGGGGAGAUGCACAGGAUCUCCGGCAGUGUCAAGGUUUGUGGGAGCACAGCAUAUGUAUCCCAGACGGCAUGGAUCCAAAAUGGAACUAUUCAAGAUAACAUCUUGUUUGGACAACCAAUGCAUCGGGAAAAAUACAAGGAAGUCAUCCGGGUUUGUUGCUUGGAGAAGGACUUGGAAAUGAUGGAGUUUGGGGACCAGACUGAGAUUGGGGAGAGGGGGAUCAAUCUCAGCGGUGGACAAAAGCAACGUAUACAGCUUGCCAGGGCUGUUUAUCAGGAUUGUGAUAUCUACCUCCUGGAUGAUGUCUUCAGUGCUGUUGAUGCUCACACUGGAUCGGAGAUCUUCAAGGAAUGUGUAAGGGGUGCACUCAAGGAGAAGACUCUUGUGCUUGUAACACAUCAAGUAGACUUCUUGCACAAUGCUGACCUCAUAUUAGUCAUGCGAGAUGGGGCAAUUGUACAAUCUGGAAAAUAUAAUGAAUUACUAGAGUCAGGCUCAGAUUUUGCUGCACUUGUUUCUGCUCAUGACAGUUCUAUGGAGCUUGUAGAACAGAGUAGCUCUACUAGUGAACACAUUGAACCUCACUCAAGACCAUCAGAAAAACCUGCCAGAAAUCUGGAGCAGUCUAAUGGGGAGAGUGGUUCUGCAAUCUCUCCAAAGACAGAAAAGGGCACUUCUAAACUGAUAGAGGAGGAGGAAAGGGAGAGUGGUCAUGUCAGUUGGCGUGUGUACAAGUUAUUCAUCACUGAGGCUUGGGGUUGGUGGGGGGUUGUAGCAGUGUUGGUGGUUUCAUUAGUGUGGCAAGCUUCGUUAAUGGCAAGUGACUACUGGUUGGCAUAUGAAACUUCCGAGGAGAAUGCAGCUUCAUUCCGCCCUUCCUUAUUUAUUCAAGUUUAUGCAACCAUAGCAGCACUUUCAGUUGUCUUCGUCACAGCCAGGUCCUUUCUUGUAUCAUACUUGGGGCUCAAAACUGCCCAGAUCUUUUUCAAGCAGAUUCUUAACAGUAUCCUGCAUGCACCAAUGUCAUUUUUUGACACUACCCCUUCUGGAAGAAUUCUUACCCGGGCAUCAUCCGAUCAAACCAACAUCGAUCUUUUUCUUCCUUUCUUUGUAGGAUUAACUGUUUCAAUGUACAUCACGGUGUUGGGCAUCAUCAUUGUUACGUGUCAGGUUGCCUGGCAGGCAUGCAUAGCCAUACUUCCACUGGCAUGGCUGAACAUCUGGUACCGGGGGUAUUAUCUAGCAACAUCGCGGGAGCUAACUCGUCUUGACUCAAUCACAAAAGCACCAGUUAUCCAUCACUUCUCAGAAACCAUUCAGGGUGUCAUGACAAUCCGGUGCUUCAGAAAGGAGGCAAGGUUUUUCCAGGAAAAUUUGGACAGAGUAAAUUCAAGCUUACGCAUGGAUUUUCACAACAAUGGUUCCAAUGAGUGGCUAGGAUUCCGACUAGAAUUGAUAGGAAGUUUUGUCCUCUGUAUCUCUGCGUUGCUCAUGGUCACGCUGCCUAGCAGUGUUAUAAAACCAGAAUUUGUUGGUCUUUCUCUCUCUUAUGGUCUCUCUCUCAACUCUGUUGUGUUCUGGGCCAUAUGGAUUAGUUGCUUUUUAGAGAAUCGGAUGGUUUCAGUAGAAAGGAUCAAACAGUUCUGCAAUAUUCCUUCUGAGGCAGCUUGGGAGAUCAAAGAUUGCCUUCCAUCACCAAAGUGGCCAACCAGAGGAGAUGUCAUUAUCAAGGAUUUAAAGGUUAGAUAUCGACCAAAUACUCCUUUGGUUCUUAAAGGCAUUACCAUUAGCAUCCAUGGAGGAGAGAAAAUAGGAGUUGUGGGAAGGACUGGGAGUGGCAAGUCAACAUUGAUACAAGCUCUUUUCAGAAUAGUAGAGCCUUCUGGGGGGCAGAUAAUCAUAGAUGGAGUAGACAUUUGUACUUUGGGUCUUCAUGAUCUCAGGUCACGCUUUGGUAUUAUUCCUCAAGAGCCAGUUCUGUUUGAAGGAACAGUUCGGAGCAACAUUGACCCAAUUGGAAAGUAUUCAGAUGAUGAGAUAUGGCAGGCCCUUGAGCGUUGCCAACUCAAAGAUGCUGUUGCUUCAAAGCCUGAGAAGCUUGAUGCACUGGUGGUUGACAAUGGAGAGAAUUGGAGUGUGGGACAAAGACAGCUUCUCUGCCUUGGACGGGUUAUGUUGAAACAUAGCCGCAUCUUGUUCAUGGAUGAGGCAACUGCUUCAGUGGAUUCACAAACUGAUGCUGUGAUUCAAAAGAUCAUUCGAGAAGAUUUUGCAACUUGUACAAUCAUCAGCAUUGCUCACAGAAUACCCACAGUCAUGGACUGCGACAGAGUUUUGGUUAUAGAUGCAGGGUUAGCGAAGGAAUUCGACAAACCAGCCAAGUUGAUCGAACGCCCAUCCCUCUUCGGGGCAUUAGUUCAAGAGUAUGCCAACCGCUCUUCUGAUUUAUAGGUCACUUGAGUAAGCUGGAUUCUGCAAAAAAUGGAGAAAUGGGCCUGCCUCAGUCAAAAGAAACAUCAGAAGUGUAAAAAUCCUAGCUUGCAGGCACGGUGGUGGUUGGUGGUGCUGAAUCCUGAAAGAAUUUUGUCUAGAGUAGCAGAACAUAUGAAUAUAUAUUUAAGAGCCAAUGAUGUGGAGCUAUGGAAGGUACAUUAUGCGAUGGUUGUAUGAUACUUCAUAAGUGAAUGACAUUUUUUCGAUCUCCAUUACCCAGUUUCGUGGCUCUUGUUGAGCUGUGAUUGACUGGUGGUUCUGACGCAGGAAACCACCUGCUGAAGCUCUCAAUCAUGAACUUUGAAGAAUUAUUUUUUGUAACUGGUUUAUGCUAUGUCAUAGUGGCAGUGAGGCAGCAGAAAAUUUUGCAGCACAUAAGCCCAACCUUGAAAUAAAAUUUCUUCUCCUGUAGUAAUUAUUUUCUGAA